UUCAACACUACUAUAUAACAAAUAAUUUGAGAUUUAAAUAGGCAUUAUGGCCAAAGCAUUUGUCACCAAGCCUGCUCCUGAAUUCGAUGUGGCUGCCCUUCUUCCCUCUGAAGAAUUUGAGAACGUGAAGCUAUCUGAAUACAAAGGCAAAUAUGUGGUCUUAUUCUUCUACCCAAUGGACUUUACGUUCGUUUGCCCCACGGAGAUUAUAGCAUUUAGUGACCGUAUUGAAGAGUUCAAGAAGUUGGAUUGUGCAGUCUUGGCUGCCAGCUGUGACUCUGUAUAUAGCCACUAUGCUUGGUGUGACCAGUCCCGCAAAGCUGGGGGACUAGGUAAGAUGAACAUUCCCCUGCUUGCUGAUGUGACACACUCGCUCAGCAAGGACUACGGGGUCUACUUGGAGGGUGAGGGAUGCUCUCUCAGGGGUCUGUUUAUCAUCGACGGUAAUGGUAUCCUGAGACAGUCCACUAUUAACGAUUUGCCAGUAGGACGAUCUGUUGAUGAGACUCUGCGAUUGGUUCAAGCCUUCCAGUUCACUGACAAAUACGGGGAAGUGUGUCCUGCAGGCUGGAAUCCAGGAAGUGACACAAUCAAACCCGACGUACAGGGAUCCAAAGAAUACUUCGAAAGCAGCGAAAAAAAACAGGUCAGCAAAGGUUACCCUCCUGCUAAAAGAAACAGAAUGGAAUGAAGAUCGCGGAAACUUGACGACUGUAUCGAACAUUUCAGAAUUUUUUCACGUAUAUUAAUUUAUUAUUUUUGUUUAAAUUUGAAGUAUGAUUAUUCCAAUCUAAAAUGUUCAGUACUGGACGUUAUUUUUAAUCAAAUUAAUUUUUUCUUUAUAUUAAUUUUUAGUUUAUCACAAAAAUUAUAACUUAUAAUUAAAUAUAUUUUAAUAUCAACAGCAUUUCAGCAA